AUGUUUCAGCAUAUCUUAAAGCCACAGCUUACCAACUUAUUCAAACUUCAGGCAAAUGCUUUUAACAGUUCGAUAUUUACUCCGUUAUCGACGGGCUUUGUGAAUAACUCCUCAAUAAACUCGAGCUUAUCACCCAUGCAAUCGGUCUUGGGACUUAUGCAAAAGAGAUUCAAAUCCAGAGGUAACACGUACCAACCUUCCACUUUGAAGAGGAAAAGAAAGUUUGGUUUUCUAGCUAGAUUGAGGACUAAAGGUGGACAGAAAGUUCUUAGUAGAAGAAAGGCUAAAGGAAGGUGGUAUUUGACUCACUAG